AUGUCGGGUUUCGAAAUCGCCGGUGUUGUACUCGGAAUCCUGCCGAUCGUUGUUAACCUCAUCGGCGAGUAUCGAGAAGGCGUCGAUACCGUCAAGACUUUGAUUGUCCUUGUCCAAAUAGUGCGCGAUGAAGAAGACAUAGCGACAUUGCUGCAGCAUCCGGACAGUGACCUCUGGAAACGCAGCCAAUACAAUGCAGACCUCGAGAGAUUGUUGAAAACCAGCUACGGAGCCUAUAUGGCGACUAUGAAUGAACUCGUCUAUCUUCUCGAUAGUCUGAAGGAAAGGUUGGGCGCCAAUUCGUCGCCGUCGAACACGAUGCGGAGUUUUAAAAGGAUCAGUGAUCUCCUUUCCAAGGGUGUCUAUGAAACGCUUCUCGGCAAGAUCAAAGCUGCAAAUCAAACACUAUUCACCAUUACCGAACAAGUCUACACGUUGGCCGAGACUCGAAAGACCCGUUGGCCGAAUCGAGGGUUAUUCCAAGACUACGCCAAAAUUAGACGGUAUGCUCGCAGUGUGUAUGACACAUUUGUGUGUGGCAAUUGCUGGAAUUGCCCCUGCAAAUCGAAGCACAUCCUUCAGCUGCGUCUGGAGAAUCCACCACACAAAGGCCAUGCCGGUUGGCCGAAGCGUAUCCAGACCAGGUCCAAAUUUGUCAUUCACCGACUUUCACACGAUGAAGGUAGCGAGCUAGGAGACUUGAAAUCAGGGGAAGAAGUAGAGAUUGAGGCAGCUGACCUACAAGAUCAUGCAGACUCCACAGCAUCCCGAAAAGUCACACAGACACAAACCCCUCAAGGCGCGAAGAACAGUGAGCCGAAAGGGGUCCAUUUCAGUCUUAUCAAGUCGACCCUCGAGACGAUCCCGUGGCCGAUGAAGGACGACCGUAGUCAACAGAUUCUUGAUAUCUGCAAUGCUCUUAAGCUCUGCCCAUGCGAAGGUUCGAAGCGCGAACACGUUGGUUUUCUCAUCGAUGAUUUCAAUCGCCGUCGGCACGACAUUUAUAUCGUCAGAAAACUUCCAACUAACCAAUCCACUCGGUCCGUCAAAAGCAUUCUCGCCGAUCAUUCUUUAUCUCCAAAGGUGGGUGGCAUUCCACUGCCGCCCAUCAGUCAACGAAACAGACGGUACCUUGCGGCUAUUUUGGCCUCGGGUGUUUUCCAGCUCCACGGAAGUUGGUUGGAAUCUCAAUGGGGCCUCAGCGAUAUCCUGCUGGAGUCGCAAGCAAACUACUAUUCUAACAACUUGAUCAGCCUUCCGUAG